AUGGGAGAUUUCAAUGAAAUUGUGCAUAUGGAGGAAAGAAAAGGGGAGACUAGCUUGUCAACAUCUUCUGAAGACUUCAGAGCAUGGAUAAAUGAUAUAGAGUUCGUGGACUUGAUGCUUAAUUAUCGCAAGUAUAUAUGGUUUAGAGGCCAGUCUUGUAAUCGUAUAGAUAGAAGCCUGCUAGGUAGAUGGCACAAGCAGCGCUUUGGGAAUAUACCUGAGAAGAUAAAAAAGUUUGAGGACGAGAUCAAGAGGAUGUUAUGGUUAGCAAUGGGAUCUCGACAUGCCAAGGAGAUGGACAGGAACACAAGAUAUUUUGACAAUAUUGCAUCAGUAAGAAGAAGGAAUAACCGGAUUGAGUCUUUAGUGAAUAAUGGGAGAUUGGUAAGGAAUUAUGCAAGAAUUAUGGUCGUCACUAGAGAUUUCUAUAGGAAACUAUACCAACAGAAAGCUUCGCCAAAUAUUAGCUUUCGAGAUGGUCUAGUCAAUCGGUUGGAGAUGGAAGAAGCUCAAGCGUUAGAGGUGUUACCGUCGGAGGAGGAAGUGGAGGACACAACGGCAAGGCUACCAGCAGAUUCUAAUGUUACUUGGGUAGAGCUGUCACUGAAAUUUGUAGGCGCAAAGGAGAUAAAUGAUCUUACACUAAUCAGUAUGGUUGGAUGCAUUUAUAAGAUGAUAUCAAAAGUGUUGACAAGAAGAAUGAGAAGCGUAAUGUCAGGCUUAGUUGGGGAAUCACGGAGUGCUUUUGUCAAGGGUAGGAGGAUACAUGAUGGAGCGUUGAUAGCAUGUGAAACUGUACAAUGGCUAAAACUGAAGAGGAAGGCGUCAGCAAUCAUCAAAUUGGACUUCCAGAAAGCCUAUGACAGAGUCAAGUGGAUCUCUGUUGAUAUUGGGGUAGAAAAGAUAGGGUUCAGUAGAAGAUGGAGUCCAUGGAACUCUAUGUUGUUGUAA